GCCGCCAGAUGACUGAUUUCCACGCAAGUGUGUGAAGCAGAAGGCCAGCAGUUUGGUCUCCGUGAUUUUCGUCUCAUCUGAUGUCUCCAUAGCCAAGCAUCCCGGCCCCUGAGACCAGGCAGGAUGGCGCUCUACCCAACCCAGGACGGCGCCAAGCUGAUCUUCGCGCCCGCGGGCACCUCUCAGCACCUUGAAAUCCCUACCGGCCCCGGCCAGGCAGGGCAGUUCCUCAAAACAGAGCAUCUCGGUGGCCUGAAACGGAGCGAUCUGGACCCGCAAGACCCCAUCGCGCAGUUCCAUGCCUGGUUCCGCGAGGCGUCCCUGCCCGGGUCUGGCGUCCCGCACCCCGAGACGUGCACGCUGGCCACCGCGCAACUGCCCUCAGGCCGGGUCUCGGCGCGCAUGGUGUACAUGAAGGAGCUCGACGCCAAGGGCUUCGUCAUCUACAGCAACUUCGGCACGAGCGGCAAGGCGCGCGACUUGUUCGGCACCGCGGACGGCACGAGCACGGGGAACCCGUGGGCGUCGUUGGUGUUUUGGUGGGAGGCGUUGGAGAGGCAGGUCCGGGUGGAAGGGCGGGCAUCGCGGCUCCCGGCCGCGGAGAGCCAGGUCUACUUCGACACGCGAGUCCGUGGGAGCCGCAUAGGGGCGUGGGCAAGCCGGCAGAGCGCAGUGCUGCGGCCGGAUGAGGGUAUCGAGGGCGACGACGGCCGCGCCAUGCUGGAUAACUGGGUCAAGGAGACCGAGGCCAGGUUCGAAGGCGUCGACAAUAUCCCUGUGCCCGAGUUCUGGGGUGGCCUGAGGAUCGUGCCGGAGCGGUUCGAAUUCUGGCAGGGGCGAGCGAACCGGUUGCAUGAUCGGUUUGUCUACGACCGUGCUGGUGAAGAGGCCGGUCGGGAUACCUGGACGUUGGAGAGAUUGAGCCCAUGACAAGGGACUCGGCGAGUGAUAUAUAUCUUCCAUCGCAGAUUCUGGAAAGGAAUAUUGCCAACGGAGCUCCUCUGCAAGGAGCGUUACCUUACUUUCCUGGGUCACCUGGCUGCGCACCCCUCCGGAAUCAUCUGAAUUCGUGUCAGCUGCCGCCAUGAAUGAAAACAACCGCAACUGGGCAACCAAAAGAAGUACCUUAUAUAUUGCAUCUCCCACCGGCGCUCCAGGU